AUGAGUCUCCUCAAAGAGCGGAAACCAAAAAAGCCGCAUUACAUCCCGAGGCCUCCGGGGAAGCCCUUCAAGUACAAGUGCUUCCAGUGUCCCUUCACCUGCAACGAAAAGUCCCACCUCUUCAACCACAUGAAGUAUGGUCUCUGUAAAAACUCCAUCACGUUAGUAUCGGAGCAAGACCGUGUCCCCAAGUGCCCCAAACCUAACCCUCUAGACCCUAAGCAAACGCAUCAGCCGGACCCCACAGUGAAGCCCACCUCCUCCAAGUCUGCCACACACAGCCUCCCCCACCUGGACACCAAGCUCCCACUCGGCCUUGCCAAGGACGAUGCCAAGGAGAAUCUGGAACUGCAGCUGCGUGGGCCCCACAAGGGCCCUGGACAGAAGCCUGCUCUCCACAAGGAGGCCGAGCACCGGGCUCCAGGCCCAGAAGCCGCGGCGGGCACCCCGCCUGCUCUGGAAGGGGCCGUGCGGCCAUCGGCCUUCGUUCCUGUCGGAGAGCACAGACUCAAAGGGCCAGAGCACGCCGAGGCUCCCGAGGCCCUGGCCCUGCCCAGCGCCACCACCAAGGCCAGCACUUUCCACACCAAGUCUGCAUUCCACGCCCCUGCCUACCCCUGGAAAGCUGGCUCGCCCUUCCUCCCGCCUGAGUUUUCACACAAAAUCCCACCCACGAAGGGGUUCGGGGCCCUUUCCCCUUACAUGCACCCCACAAUUCCCGAGUACUCACCCCACUUUUACACGGAGCAUGGACUGGCCACCAUCUACUCACCCUACCGCCCGGCCGGGAACUCGCCCGAGUGCGACACCCCCCUGCUGUCAGUCUACGGGGCCCAAGACCAAAGACAUUUCCUGUCUCACCCGGGGCCGAUGUCCAAGCACUUGCACCCGUCUCCCUUGACAUACGAUCAUUACCGGUUUUUCCAGCAGUACCACCCCAAUGUGCCAAUUCCUUACGGAUUCUACAGACCAGAGUCUGCGUUUUCCUCCUAUGGCCUCAGACUCCCGCCUGUCCCUGGUAUUUCACAGGAUCAGAGCUCCCACCUGCUGGAAGAAGCUGCCCUGGUCUACCCAGCCUCAAGUCCAUCCAAGUCAAACCCUUCCCACUCCCACAAAAAACACACAGAGUUUGAGAAAGAGAGUCCGACUGCUGAGGCUGAAGACCCUUCCAAAGACAGGCAGAGGGACACCGAAGGGACCAAGAUGAGCCCACGGGCAGGCAGCGCGGCCACUGGCUCCCCGGGAAGGCCGAGUCCCACCAACUUCACACAGACAAGCCAGCCCUGCACUGGGCUGGGCGACCUCUCGGACAAGCCCACGGCAAAUGCCCUGGCAAGGCUCCAGCAACCAGAACGGAGCCUCACAGCCUUCAAGCCCAUCAAGAAAAGCGCCGAGCGCCCACAUUCCCAGGCUCCAGAAAACAGAGAGGACCCUCCACAAAGACUCGAUGCCAUGGACAUCGACACUCCGGCCCAGACAGGCAGCACCUCUCGCGGCAUGGAGGCCAUGCCGCCCAGCCCAGAGGACGGCUCCGGGAUAGCCCCGCUGAACCUCUCCAAGAAACCGGAGACCAGACCAGCAGCAGCUCGCGACCCCCUGUACACAGACUACCCGGAGCUGCAGGACGUGCCUCUCAACCUCUCGGUGAAGGACCCCUGCAAUGCCCUGGCCCUGAGGCCUUCCCCCCACAGCCCACCGCCAGAGGCGGAACCCGCCACUGCUCCUGAUCAGAAGACCGGGCCAGAAGGUUCUGGAGAUGAGCCAGGACAUACAGAGACGAACCAAAACGGCCGUGGCUCUGAUGAAGUUCCAGUGACCAGCCCCACUGGGAAGGCCCAGGACACACGGGCAGUGGACAGCAGCGACGAGCAGAAGCAGACGGCAGCCGUCGCCCUCUGCCAACUGGCGGCCUACAGCCCGGGCACCGUCCGGGUAGGCGAUGGGGAGCCAAUGGCCCAGGAGUCCACCUGCCAACAAGACACGCCAGCUCUCAGUGCCACGGCGAGCCAGGAGCCUCAGAGUGACCUCAGACCCAAAGGGCAGAAGAGGACAAGCCCACGGGAUUCGGGGAAGUCCCAGCAAGGAGCUAAGAAGACGAAGCUGAGCGACACGGCCCGAGUGUUCACUCUCCGGAAGAGGACUCGCGUGUCCUAGUGCUGGCUCACCCGGCACAAAGCGCUGGGCACGGCACGCACCUCUGAAGCGGGUCGCAGAGCAGCUCAUCUGCACCAGCCCCUGCGUUUUUUAUCUGGUCAAUUUUUACAGACAGUUUUUCUUCUCAAUAAACAAAAUACACAUAAAGAGAAAAAGAAAAAAAACACAAAAGGCUACGAUUCAGCUCACUUUUUGUAAAUAUUAAGCAUGACUAUUAUAAGGUGCUUCCACUUGGGACUGUAAAAACAUUUGAAUGACUCCUACUCUAAGACUGGCGAGUUAGACACUGGCUUUUAUUUUUAUAAUAAAAUGAAUGAAAUAGGUUGGACUAAAAGGUAACUUUCAGGUAUAAGCCAUGUCAUAGGAAAUCUUUUAAAAAUACUUUUCUUAUAAAUACAAUUCUUACACCAGAACAAAUGGUCUUAACUGUAUCAUUAAAUCUACUGUGUUGUGAAGUAAGUAACAAUGACUGGAAAUGCCAGAAGCCUUUUCAGCUCCAGCAUUAAAGUGCUGUCUCUGAGGACAUUGUGAUUUGUUGUGACUAAAUAAUACACAAACAUCAGGAGGCUAUUUAUACAGAUAAUUUAUUUCCAGGAGGGAACAUGUUUUACUGGUGGAGUUAUUAUCAAUAUAGUCCAUUCCAUAUGAUGUUACAGUGACCUUUCUGAUUCAUGCAGCCUCACUUUCCACUUCCUAAAAUGAUGUAUAUAUUGCCAAUUUUCCAAUAAACUCUUGAUAAACUUUAAGGUUGCACAAAAACGGAAAGAAAUAUGAACUCUGUGUUAUAUUUUAGAGUGUUCUGCCAUAAUAAACUCAGUGAAAGAAGAGACUAGAGCUGAGGCAACAAUUAAAACAGAAUGAGAGUGAGUGUGAGUGUGUACACGUGUGAGCGUGCGAGUGCACAUGCAGACCAGUGGGCACCAAGCGCAGGCAUGAACCACCUGGACUCCUCUGAGCCUUCCUACAGGGCCCUGGGCCUCGGAGCGCUGCAGGAGGACGAGCUUCCAGAGCCUGGC